AUGUCGUCGGGCGGAGGGCGUCGCAUCUCCCUGCUCGUCAGGAACAUCUCUGGAGACACCAGGCCAGACGACGUGCGCUACGCGUUCGAGCGGUAUGGGGAGGUGCGCGACGUCUACAUUCCGCGCGACUACUACACACGGCGCCAGAAGAACUUCUGCUUCGUGGAGUUCAUGGACGCGCGCGACGCCGACGAGGCAAUGUACCGGCUGGACCGUUCGCGUCUGCUGGGGAAGGAGAUCACGGUGGUGAUGGCGCGCGAGAACCGCAAGGCGCCCGACGAGAUGCGGCGCAAGGACUCCCGCGGGGGGCGCGAGGGCGACCGCGGGGGCGACCGCGGGGGCUACGGGUACGGCCGCGGCCGGAGCCGCUCGCCGCGGGGCCGGCGCAGGUCGCCUUCGCCGCGGCGGGGGCGCUCCCGCUCACGCGGCCGCCGCUCGCCCUCUUACGACCGCCGGGGCAGGAGGUCGCCGUCGUACGACCGCAGGGCAAGCAAGUCGCCGAGCAGGUCGCGGACGCCGCGGCGCCGCACGCGGUCGCCCUCCCGCUCGCCGUCGCGUAGCCCGCGCGGCAACGCCAGCCGGUCGCCGCCGCCCCGCUCGAGGUCCCCGCCGCCGCGCUCCCCCUCGCGCAGCCCCCCCCCCCGGUCGAGGUCGCCGCGCGACGACUCGCCGCCGAAGUAG